UCCCACUUUCCUGCCGAUUUUCUUUUCCAGCAAUAAUCCAGUCCUUCCUUCCCUUUUCUCUCGUGUCCUUCCCUUCCCUCUCUGUCCUUCUUUCCUUCCCUUCCCUUCUUUCUCCCGUCAAUCCGUGCCUGCCUCACCCGCGCAUCUCUCAUCGAGAGUCCAUCGCUUAAACAGCUUCUCCUUCGUUGAAGCUCUUCUUCCACUCGCUUAUUUAUUGUCUCACCACCCCCUCAGCUCUUACGCUGCUAUCCGUGUCAACAAAGGGCCUCGCCUUGCCCCCGACUGCAUCCUUUUAAUUCUACAGCGGUCAUCCUCCCAACAUAUCCUAAGCAAUGUCUUUCAUCAAGUACGCCGUCCCCGCCCUCGUUGCGGCCCAGACCGCCAUGGCUGCUAGCUGCGGUUCCACCGACAGCACCAUCACCAUCGCCAGCCAGACCGACCUGGACACCUACGCCACCUGCACCACCCUUAAGGGUGAUGUCGAGAUCAGCUCCAGCGCCUCUGGUGAUCUCACCCUGAGCGGUGUUACCUCCAUCACCGGCUCCCUGAGCUGCACUGGCGCCAGCAACGUCACCUCGCUCACUGCCUCCGCCCUGUCCUCCAUCGGCUCGGCUUUCACUCUGGACGGUCUGACCACCCUCACCACCCUGAGCUUCACCAACCUGAGCAGCGUUGGUUCCAUCUCCUGGACCGCUCUCCCCGAGCUGCAGUCUCUCGACUUCACCAAGGGUGUCUCCGAGGCCGGCGAUGUCCUGAUCACCAACACUGGUCUGACCAGCUUGGACGGUAUCUCCCUGACCACCGUUGGCAAGUUCGACAUCACCGAGAACACCAACCUCAAGACCGUCAACGUCAACGAGCUCACCAACGCUACCGGUCUGAUCAACUUCGCCGGUAACAUGGACUCCCUGCAGAUUAUCCUGCCCAACCUUGGCACUGGUACCAACAUGACCUUCCGUAACGUCUCUGGUGUCUCCAUCCCCUCCCUCGAGACCCUCUCCGGUCAGCUCGGCUUCUGGGGCAACACCUUCGGCAACUUCAGCGCUGCCAACCUGACCACCACUGGUGACCUGGUCUUCGAUGACAACACCGACCUCUCCAACAUCAGCAUGCCCGUCCUGAAGACCGUCAACGGUGGUUUCCAGAUCGCCCGUAACGACAAGCUCAAGGAGAUCACCUUCCCCGACCUCGAGGAGGUGACUGGUGCCAUUGACUUCAGCGGUGACUUUGACUCUGUCUCCCUCUCCGCUCUCACCGAGGUCAAGGGUGGAUUCAACAUGCAGAGCACCGGCAACUUCAGCUGCAGCGCCUUCAAGACCCUGCGUGAGAACAACGUCAUCCGCGGUACCUACACCUGCAAGGCCAACACCACCGACCCCACCACCAAGGACGGCUCCUCUGGCACCGGUACCUCCACCAGCACCAGCAGCACCUCCUCUUCCACCUCCAGCGACAGCGCGUCGGUCAUGAACGUGGCCAGCAUGCCCGCUCUUGGUCUGGCUGCCGUCCUCGGUGCUCUGCUCCAGUACGCUCUGUAAAGGACCUUUGAUACCAAACAUUUGUGUGUACGCUUUUUUUUUUUGAACCCUUAACAUGGUCGUGUAAAGUUGCCUAAUCAGCAAAUUGGUUCCUUAAUUCCAGUACUGUGGUGUUCUUAUGAUAAUAAUUGAAUAUCGAUCG